CAGUAGUUCAUAGAAUAACAUGCAUGCACAGGACGUUGUGUUUUUUUCUGGAUUAAUUAUACAAUAAGCCUGCUGACUGUGGACAACAUGUGCAAAAACCAAAAGCGUCAGUGACAGCAGCGGAUUGCAGCAUCAUGGCCAAGUGGAGUGGACAGCAAGACCUAAGCAAGUUCGGAUUUAAGAUCACAAGAAAAAACAUUUCAAGAGGCAAUAAGAACAUGAUGCACUGUCUCAAGCUGUUGACACUCUAGGCACAGACCAUCCUGAUGUUUUCCUAGCAGGAAGAGAGUACUGUUGAGGGUGACCACCUGUCCCGCAUAGCGCGUGCACGUACAGCAUUUGAAGCCGAAUGUAUGCAUCCUGCAAAUUCAGAACGUGUCCCGCAUAAUCGAUGCUUGCUGAGGAUGGAGAAAAUGGAGAAAGGUACCGGGGAGAUGGCAGGCCCAGCACUCAAGUUCUCUGACUGAAUCGAGAGAAUUGAAGCCAAAGAGCAAGAGCUGUCACCGAAUCAUCCGGCGACGACGUGCUCAAGGCUCAUUGAUUGCGACCUGAUUGCGACUCAUCUCAUCUUCACUAUAAGCCGAGGUGGUACCAGCUGAAAGGCAGUGGACGUACCAAAAUAGUAAAGAGAGGCGCCAAAGUAUUCUGCUAAGCUGAGUGCAUCCAGACCAGCAGGAAUGUCUCCGCCAGCCCAAUUAAGAGUGGUGAUUAAAAACGGUGAUGUGAGGAAGCUUAUCCUUCCCUCUGGCAUUCCUGAAACCGUAGAAGCACUUUGCGCAAUAAUCCUGGAGACAUUCCAACCUGAUGGGGAUUUUUCUGUAAUGUAUGAGGAUAAAGAUUUUGGCAAUGAAUAUUUCACACUGACCUCAACUGCAGAUAUAAAUGACAAGAGCACAAUCAAAAUUGUCCAAGUGGAGUCCACAGUCACCCUUACCUUCAGCCCUAUAGCUGAAUCUGAGCCGAUGACAUCUACUCCAAGAUCAUCACAAGAUACUUCAAAUUCUGAGGCACAACAUAGUGCAGAUGACACCUUGAGCAGUAGCUCAAGAGACACAGAGAUCCUUCCAAAUUCUUGCCGAUUGGAACCUUGGCCCCUACACUUUGAGAUACCCAAGUUUUCACGCGAUGUGGAGUUGAUUCUGCAAGAGGCAAACAAACUUUACCAUAUGAAUGGCACGCUAUUCAAUGACACAAGGGUGAAGGCAGCUAUUAGGCACACUUUGUCUGACGCAAUCUUCCAUUAUACAGCUUAUCCCAAGGAUGACCACAUACUACAAGUUGUGCAAGCGCUUGUGGAGAAGUUUCCAUGUCUCAAGGAGCCUGGGUCCUUUUCAGGGAUGUAUGGCUGGCAACAAAGUCUGAAAACAAGGAUGAGCAAUUUCCGUAGGAUACUGAAAAGUCGCAAAGUAUCCUGCCCGGAAAUUGAAGUGAAUUUUUUAAAAAGGAAAGGUUCAGCAAACCAUCCCCCGGCAAAAAACAUAAAAUGACCAAGAAGGGCAGAAGUAAAUUAUCUUCCUCCUUAUCCAGUGGGAGAAACACAGGAGAGUUUGGAAAAAGAAAGACUCGACUUGCUUUAUGAAGUGAAGAAAAAGCAUAAUGAAAGGGCCAUUGCUGCAAAAAUGGACAAGACAUUUGCAGUUCGUAGGCUUGAAGUUGUCCAUGAUGGUCCCUCUGUCCAGGAUUUUAUGGAGAGAUGGCCUGCCUUGUUCCAAGAGGAUCAAGUUAAAAAGGAGUUCAGAAGAAUUACAGCCAUUCCACUUGAGUCAACGUUCCUGGACAAACUUGAUAGUUACACUCCACAGCUUCUCAGCGUGAUGAGAAGCAAGGGAGGAGUGGCUGGAACCAAGAUCCGGCCGAUCUUGGAUACUCUGUGCCAGGUCCAUGGUAUCGAACAUCAAAGAUACGCAGUCAUCUGCAGCCUCAUAGAAUACUUUGGAGAAAGCAACGAUGACCUGUUUCUCAAGUGCCAGGAGAAUGACCGAAGCAGCCAGUCUCAAACCGUGAAGAUCCUUCUGGUCUACACCCAAGAUGAUCCAGUGGAUCCAGUGGAUGUUGUACUGGCAAUCGAUGGUGCUGAAGUGCUCACUAAGUGUGGAAGCAAAACAAAGGCCUGUAUACUGCUGAUGGGACUGAUAUAUGCCUUGAACCUUGAGUACCCACAUCAACUGAAAAACACCUUUGAUUUUUUUCAGAAGUCUGUAAACGUCUGGGGACCGAGGAGACAAGUUGCUCAAGUUUAGGGAUAGGAAUGUGUGUCAGCGGGGGUGUGGUCAAGCGCCGGUCUGUGACCGGAGGGCGGAGUCAGGGAAGGUAAGUGGCAGAAUCACUACACCUGAUGUCACUUAACCUGUGUUUGUGUGUGUCUUCCCAGUGACCGCGCCCUACUUAAGGAGGGAGAGCGAAAGCAGAGGAGCUCAUCCCCGAACCAGACGCCGGUUGUGUGUGUCUGUUUAGUUUACAAGUUGU